GGUCUGAAAGAAGUGCUGGGCUUUUCCAGGCAGAGCUGUGCUCCACACAUCUCGUAUAUUGGAAAGAUGUUCAGCUCCAGGAUGCCUCGUACCACUGGAGCUCCCUGCUGACUUCGUGAUGAGAAGGCCCUGCAUGUGCAGAAGUCCCACCACGAAGCCUUGUUCUGAAGCUUUUGUGGGCGGUUCACCAACUGUUCUCUUCCAUUUGCCCUGCACUUCUGCCUUGGCACCACUCACUACCUGCCUUUCCCACUGCUGGACCCCUGCGGUGACGCAUGUCAGUCCUAAGCUUAGAACAGCAGCUGCUAACCUCAGCAGGGGCUUAUUGCAUCAGAGCUUUACGUGGCAUAUUUGUGUAUUGGGAAGAUAAACCCGUAAUCUGAUGUGCCCAGGUACAGAUACGAAUAGCUUCAUCUGCAAUUAGCUAGAGGCACUUCUCCGGUCUUGGCAACACAUGAAAAGUUAACUGGGAGGGACUUAGUUCCAGAAGAGGAUGUGUGGGAAGGUGGCAUUUGCACACUGACAGCAGGAGGACUUUGGGGCAAUCAAGGCCCACCUUUAGUUAUGGGAAGCCAGGCUUUCAGUGGUAGUAAUGCUUCUGUCAAAUGUUCCCCACACAGAGGACGAGUUUCUCUGCUUGGUCUUCUGUUUGAAGAGAACACAAAGCUUUCUGCGUUCUCCCUUUGAACUGUUUUGCAUGCACUGAACUAACUUGCAGGGAACACUGGUAAAAACAUGGCAAGAAUUGAAGCUGGCUUAUUAAGGCCAAAGUGACACAAGCCCUUGCCCAUCUCUCACCUGUGAGCUCCAGGCCUGGUGCAUUCCCCCCUGCACUGUAUGGAGCACUCAGGUACCUCUCCUCUGCUCUUGGCUGCAUUGACAUAGAAAAGUGAUAAACGGAGGAUGCAAAAAAGGGAAGAGAUGGGGGCAAAAUAGCUUUGGAAGCUCAAAGACUAAUCACAAUGGUGUGAACUACAAAGAAUAACCUUGUUCAGCAAAGAGAUUGUGGAAGGCUCCACUUUGUUCCCCUUGCUGCACAUGCUGUCCCAUUGUUUCUGAAAAGUCAAGAACAGAUAACAUCUAACAGUUGCUGACUGGCACAAAGAAUGUUCCAAGCAACACUGGGCACAUCAGGUAGGAAGACAGAUCCAACAGCAGCUUCUCCUGCAGCUCUAAUGCCCAUUUACAUGGAAUUCAUCACUUUCAGAAGGUUUCAAGGACACUAAAGAUGUCUGUCACCAGAAUAAGAGGUCAAAUGUUGGCUUCAGCUCAGAACUUGUGCCUUGUCCACAGCCCUUCUAUGGAUCAAGGCAGCACAAUAUCUGUCCAGGACAGGUGGAUGAGGUUAUUUUUUAUGUGCUGCCGAUGUAGCUGCCAUGAUGCAACAUGUGUAUAAAGCCAAGAACAGAGAAGGUGAUGCGAGUGGAAAUCUGCUAGCAGGAUCAGUGCUUCACUGUGUUGUUCAAACCUUUCCAGACAAAUUUUGCAGCACAAAAAGCAGGUGGCAGAGAGCACAUCGAAGAAGUCUAUUUCAUCAGCCUACCCUGCGAAUGGCAGCUGUGACGGACCAGGCUGCUGUCACAGCGCUGCAGUCCUGCUGGAAGAACAGGCCCCUGCUAUGGAACGAAUGCACCAAGCACAUCCAGCCCAGCGGCCGCUGCAGUGCCUAAAACACAAAAUUCACUCCUGCUUACUUUGGUUGAGUGCAACCACAAGAAGGAUCUUGUGUGCUUUGUCUUUCUCUGGCACUCUCUGCCUGUGGGCCUGGUGGUAACAUGUCCCACUUCCCAUAUCCCUGUGUGGGUAAACUGAGGCAUUUUGAACUGAUGGGCGCUGCAGCCUGUGAUGUGCUGAUGGGGCACUCUGUGGGGCACGGGCAGUAUGGGCAGCAGGCGUCCAGCCCAGACCGCAGCAUGCAGUGAGUGCGCUGGGCCCAAGCAGCAGGCACUGAGCCUUCAGGCAGUGGCACAGAACACUGGGGAGCGAUGCUUGCAGGUGGGGCUGCCCUCUGGUUUAGGCUCCCACACAAGCAGUGCAGAGCUACCUGUCUAUGUAUGACCAUGAACCAUGGUCUCCAACAAUGACAGCAUGGGCCAGAAACAGGUGUCACCUUAAUACCCACCCAGAAAAGCCAAUUACCCCUGGAUGAUUAUGAUUAAUAACUCUCUAAGUCCUAAUCGUGCUGACACUGACGCCUGGAGCUUACUGCAGGGGGCACUUUAUAAGUGACGCCCUACAGCUGCUUCUCUGCAGGGAGACGGCGAAGGCUGAGCAGCAGUGGGAGCCCAACUGCAGGGGUGAUUCCCCACACACAAGAAACUGACGCUGAGUCUGACUGAGAGGCGCCCCACAAACCGCAGCCAUGAAUGGGACGGAAGGCCAAGACUUCUACGUGCCCAUGUCCAACAAGACGGGGGUGGUGCGAAGCCCCUUCGAGUACCCCCAGUACUACCUGGCUGAGCCCUGGAAGUUCUCGGCACUGGCUGCCUACAUGUUCAUGCUGAUCCUGCUUGGGUUCCCUGUCAACUUCCUCACACUGUACGUCACCAUCCAGCACAAGAAACUCCGGACGCCUCUAAACUACAUCCUCCUGAACCUGGCGGUCGCCGACCUCUUCAUGGUCUUUGGAGGCUUCACGACCACCAUGUACACCUCGAUGAACGGGUACUUUGUCUUUGGAGUAACAGGGUGCUACAUUGAGGGCUUCUUUGCUACGCUGGGCGGUGAAAUUGCCCUCUGGUCACUUGUCGUGCUGGCCGUGGAACGAUACGUGGUGGUCUGUAAGCCCAUGAGCAACUUCCGCUUCGGGGAGAACCACGCCAUCAUGGGGGUCGCGUUCUCCUGGAUCAUGGCCCUGGCCUGUGCAGCCCCCCCACUGUUUGGCUGGUCACGGUACAUCCCUGAGGGCAUGCAGUGCUCGUGUGGGAUUGACUACUACACGCUGAAACCAGAGAUCAACAAUGAAUCCUUCGUCAUCUACAUGUUCGUGGUCCACUUCAUGAUCCCACUGACCGUCAUCUUCUUCUGCUAUGGGAACCUGGUCUGCACUGUGAAGGAGGCUGCCGCCCAGCAGCAGGAGUCAGCCACCACCCAGAAGGCAGAGAAGGAGGUGACCCGCAUGGUGAUCAUCAUGGUCAUCGCCUUCCUCAUCUGCUGGGUUCCUUAUGCCAGUGUCGCUUUCUACAUCUUCACCAACCAGGGCUCAGACUUUGGGCCCAUCUUCAUGACCAUCCCGGCAUUCUUUGCCAAGAGCUCUGCCAUCUACAAUCCUGUGAUCUACAUCGUCAUGAACAAACAGUUCCGUAACUGCAUGAUCACAACCCUCUGCUGCGGCAAGAACCCGCUGGGCGAUGACGACACAUCUGCUGGAAAGACAGAGACCUCCUCCGUCUCCACCAGCCAGGUGUCCCCUGCGUAGGCCCAGCAGCACCAACCUGCCCACUGCCAGCGCCUGCCCGCUUCAGCACAGCCCUGCGGGGUGGGCUGCUCUCCCAACCAUAGGAACCCUGGGAACAAGGCUGUGAAAAUGUACACGUUUUGUAAUUAAAAUGCUAAAGCUUAGCUCUUCCGCUGGCAUAACUCCGUGCUUCUCUCUGUUGAUUCACUGAGAGCUCAGACCUGUUGCACCACGCAGGCCCUGCAAAGCCUGGGCACAGCGGAGCCAUUGCCACCUCCCUCACCCCAACCUGAGGGCCUCAGUGGGGCAGAGGCUGGGCCCCUCACGGCUCCACUGCUGCAGACAGAGGCUGGCAGCCAUCAGCAGCUGCUGGGCCAGGGCAGGGGGUUGUGCUGGGACAGACUGAGCACCACCAGAUGCCCGCUGCUCAGAGCCCCGUGCUUGGCCCUGCCCCAGCACCUCAGAAGGGCACCACAACAGCUCUGGGAUAACGGGUGGGUUUUGGCACACAUGUGCCCUCUGUGCUGCAGAGCUGAUGAUGCAGAUCCCAGUCGUGAGCAGGCGGCACAGCAUGGCACAGCUGUGCUCUGCUAUGGCUGGGUGUGCUUGGGAAGAGCAAGGCGUGCUCUCCAUCCAUCCAGCACCACACUGUGCUCCCGGCGUCGGCCCCUCAGCAGCCCCACUCGCUGCCCCCACCAGGAUGCAGCCCCUUACCUCCCAGCCAUCCGCAGACCCUCCCUGUCAGCUGCAGCCCAGCUCAGUGUCAGCCCACGUAGGAAGCUUUGGCCGGUGCUCACGCUUUUGAGGACAAAUUUGUGCAUUGCUGAGCUUCCUCUGUGUUAGAGCAGGCAAGACAUGGGAGCAUAUGGUGCAGAGACACCAGCAUAUGUUCCAGGCACUACAAGAUGGCAUAUUGCAAUUGUAGCAGUGUUCUUCAAUUUUAUUUUUAGCUCGGUUAUACAAAUAAGAUGUUUUUCUUGCUCUUCGGAGUUAUCAACAUUUGAAACUAUUUUUGUACAUUAUUAUCCUCUCUGAUUUCUAAUCCUAUGCAGCUUUGCGAGGUCUAAUAAGGAACAUACAGAACCCAUGCAAGUUAAAUCUUUAAUAAAGAGCAAUUUGCAAGUACAA